AUGUCUGGCACUCUACCACCACUACCCCUUGUUCCUUACUGCGUGUCUCUUACGCUAACCAUUUUCUUAAGAACAUACCCGCAGGUGGAUUUGCAAUACGGAUACACUUGGAUGGACAGUGCAAAGCUUCUGGAGUCUAUGUCAGAUCGGUGGUGGGUUGCCGCAGCCAUGGGUAAGAUGGGACAGUCAGUGUUUAAACGGUUGGAACGAGAAGGUCAAGAGGAGUCAUUAAUGCAGUCGAAUCAUAAUAAAGAGCAGCAGAGUGAGCGAUCUGAGAAUGGUGAUGCAAAUGUGGUGAAAAAGGAUGAAUUGAGUUAUAACGGUUCUGUUUCUCAUGAGCAGCCUGUUCAACAAUCAGUUCAACAGCAACAAACAAUUGCUCCGCUGCAGCAGCAGCAGCAGCAGCAGCCACAACAACAACUGCAACAACAACAGCAGCUUCCUUCUCAGCCAUUACAACAGCAGAAUGAACUGCCGCCACCUCCUCCUGCUACAUUUGAGCCUUUUGAAUACCCGUACAUUGAAGACUCGUCUAGUACAGCAACACCUACAACAGUUACAACUGCAGGCAACACUGACCAGUUUCUUGAUAUGUUUUCGCAGUUGCCUAAUCCGACCUCGUUUCUUGAUCAAGCCAUAGGUACAGAUCUUUAUGAGGAUGUGAAGCAAUGGUUUGAAGCAUGA